AUGGCGCUCCCUCCCAAGUGGUAUCAGUUCCUUGUGAGCGUCUUCGCGUCGCUUGGUUCCUUUAAUUACGGUUAUGACUUGGGUGUCAUUGCCUCUGCCAUUGCUUCGGCAUCCUUCAAAACCAAGUUCGGCGACGACCCCAACGAGAUUGGUGCAGUCGUCUCCGUUUUCACCGGAGGUGGUUUCAUCGGUGCUGGUCUUGCUGGCCCCACCGGUGAUAGACUCGGUCGUAAAUUCACCAUUCUGAUCGGCGCCUCCAUCUUCGUUCUCGGUGGUGCUCUCCAAUCCGCAGCGCAGUCUCUGGCCUUCCUCUACGCCGGCCGCGCCCUUGCUGGUAUCGGUGUCGGUUUCCUGACCAUGAUUAUUCCCAUGUACCAAGCCGAGCUUUGCCACCCCAGUAUUCGUGGACGAGUCACCGCUCUGCAACAGUUCAUGCUUGGUGUUGGCGCUCUCGCUGCCGCUUGGAUCUCAUACGGCACGUACAUCGGAUUUGCCGAGAACGAUAACAACCAGUGGCGUGUCAGUCUUGGUAUCCAGUGCAUUCCCGGCGGUAUCCUGGCCCUGCUCAUUCUCUUGUUUCCCGAGUCUCCUCGUUGGCUCAUUGACCACGGCCGCGUCGACGAGGGUCUCCAGACUCUGGCCAAGCUCCACGCACACGGCGAUGUCAACGACGCCUGGGUCCGUGCUGAGUUCGAUCAGAUUCAAGAGUCUAUUGCCAUUGAGCACGAGGGCUCCGCCAAGUCCUACAAGGAGCUCUUUACCGACAAGUCCUGCUUCCGUCGUCUCUUCCUUGCCUGCGCUCUGCAGGCUUCUAUUCAGAUGACCGGUGUUAGUGCCAUCCAGUACUACUCCGUCGCCAUCUAUGAGAAGAUUGGCAUCGCGGGUGACGAGACUCUCCGCUACCAGGCCAUCUCCUCCGUCAUCGCACUUGUCGCCCAGUUCCUCUGCAUGAUGCUCAUCGACAAGACUGGUCGCCGCUGGCCCUUGAUUUUGGGUAAUCUCGGCAACUGCGUUACUUUCAUCAUCGCAACCAUUCUGCUCGCCAAGUUCCCCCCCGGGUCCGAAAAUGCUAGUGGAAGCGCCGCUUGGGGCUUCAUCGCCAUGACCUGGCUCUACAACUUCAGCUUCAGCGCCACCUGUGGUCCCCUCUCGUGGAUUAUCCCUGCCGAGAUCUUUGACAUGAAGACUCGUUCCAAGGGUGUCUCGAUCGCCACCAUGAUCUCAUAUGCCUUCAACACCCUCAUCGGCCAGACCACAUCCGUUGCCCUCGAUGACAAGAGCGGAAUCGGCUGGCGCUGGUACAUCCUCUUUAUUGUAUGCAACUUCACCAAUGCCCUUUUCUUCUGGGCCUUCCUUCCCGAAACCGCCAGACGUCCCCUCGAAGAGAUGAGGUACCUUUUUACCGAGGCUCCUCUUUUCAUCCCGACGUUGGAUAUGAAGACGGUUGAGACCCAUGAUCUUGAGCGAAGAGUCGAGGCCGUCGAACAGAAACGUGAACAUGAGACAGAACACAUCUGA